AGCAGCACCUGUGAGAGUGCAAAUGAGCCAGAAGGCUGUGUGUUGAGAGUCGUGGUGUAUAAAAGCAGCAUCUUGAACACUGCUCCAUAAUGAGCUGCUCUUUCCAUCAACACACCAGCUGAUUUUGAAGCUCAUCAUUUGACAUCUUGCAUCAGAAUGGAAGCGCAGAGAGUGUUGAUCGUGUAUGCCCACCAAAGCUCCAGCUCAUUCACUGCUGCAGCCAAAAAUGCCGCUGUGGAGGCUUUAACAGCUCAGGGCUGCAAAGUAGAAGUAUCUGACCUGUACACCAUGAACUUUAAAGCCACUGCUACUGCCGAGGACAUCACUGGAGAAGUCAAGAAUGCUGACAACUUCCGUUAUGCUGAGGAGACCAAGCUGGCGUGGGAGGAAGGAAACCUGUGUGAUGACAUCACUGAGGAACAACGCAAACUCACUCAGGCAGACCUCAUCAUCUUUCAGUUCCCCAUGUACUGGUUCACUGUUCCUGCCAUCAUGAAGGGCUGGAUGGACCGGGUGCUCACACUGGGAUAUGCCUACUCAAAUGAGAAGCGAUACAGCCGGGGAAUCUUCAAGGACAAGAAAGCCAUGCUGUCCUUCACCACUGGGUCUCAGGAGUCCAUGUUCAGUGCAAAUGGCAUUAAUGGAGACAUGAAUGUCACACUGUGGCCACUACAGAACGGCAUCCUGCACUACUGUGGCUUCCAGGUUCUGGCCCCUCAGAUCUUCUGGGCUCCGUCUCACGUUUCCUCUGAGGCUCGCAACACCAUGCUGGAGGGCUGGCGUAAACGGCUGCAAGGCCUCAUGGGAGAGAAGACACUUUCUUUCACUUCCAUGGACUGCUUUGACAAGGAGAAGGGUUACCAGCUGAAGCAUGAGGUCCAUGAGAAGCAUGCUGCCAAGGAGUUUGGCCUGAAUGUGGGGAUCCACCUGGGAAAGGCGCUGCCACCCUUCAACCAGAUGAAAGCUGGAAUCUGAAGACAGCGGGGGUCUCAUUUUAUUGAGUGCCAUGACUGUCUUUAAUUGUAUGAUGGAAAAAUAAAAGGCUGACUGAAA